GCAAAGAUACUCAGGAAACUGCUUGUUUUCUAGUGUAGAUAAUAUGUUUAUAGAUCAAAAAGAUUUCGGAAUGCCAAGCGAUUUCUGUAUUAAGCUGCAUCAUCAUCAUCAUCAUCAUCAUCAUCAUCAUAAAUUAAGGUGCACGUAGGUUUUAAGAUUGUUUUCUUUUUUCAUACUCUAGUUGGCUGUCGAAGAUUUUGUACAUUGGACAAUUGUAAAUUAUAUGAUGGAGAUCGCGUAUGUUUGCGAUUGGGAUAAGAGACCUAAAAGCAACCACUGUCCAUCAACCCCUCUGGUGUGCGCAUGGUCAUGCAGAAACCUCAUCGCCUUCACAACUGAUCCGAAAAACGAGGAGGAUGACAAAGAUCUCAAUCAUAUGAUACACAUCAUUGACACUGACCAUCCCUGGGAUGUGUACUCUAUCAACUCUGGUCAUACUGAAGUCAUUUCAUGCCUGGAGUGGGACCAGUCAGGUUCGAGGCUGCUAUCUGCUGAUGGUGAUGGUCAGAUCAAGUGUUGGGGGAUGACAGAGCACCUGGUGAACAGCUGGGAGUGCUCACAGACCAGUUAUAUUGAUGGAGACCCGAUCAUAGCCCUCUCCUGGUUACACAAUGGAGUCAAACUCGCUUUGCAUGUGGAAAAGUCUGGCUCUACAAACUUUGGAGAGAAGUUUUCCCGAGUCAAGUUCUCUCCCUCUCUUACGCUAUUUGGUGGGAAGCCCAUGGAGGGUUGGUUAGCGGUGACGGUGAGUGGGCUGGUCACAGUUUCGUUGUUGAAACCCAACGGUACUCUGCUGAUGGCCAGCGAGAGCCUGUGCAGGCUGAGGGGUCGGGUGGGCCUCGCUGACAUUGCCUUCACGGGGGGCGGGAACAUAGUUGUGGCGGCCACAGAUGGCAGCAGCUCGUCUCCAGUGCAGUUCUACAAAGUGUGCGUAAGCGUGGUGAAUGAAAAAUGCCGUAUUGACACUGAGCUACUGCCCUCACUAUUCAUGCGAUGCACCACCGACCCGGUCAGGAGGGACAAGUAUCCUGCCGUCACACACCUUAAAUUCCUCACACGAGAAAACUCUGAACAGGUACUGCUCUGUGCGUCCAGUCAGAUGGGCAGCAUUGUAGAGUGCUGGUCUCUGCGGAAGGAAGGUCUCCCCGUCAAUAAUAUCUUCCAGCAUCGAUCACCUGUGGUGGGUGAAAAGCAGCCAAUGAUUCUAAAGUGGCGGAUACUCUCCGCAACCAAUGAUCUGGAUCGUGUGUCUGCUGUUGCUCUGCCUAAACUGCCCAUCUCCAUCUCUAACACUGAUCUCAAAGUCGCCUCGGACACCAAGUUCUUCCCAGGCCUUGGUCUUGCUCUGGCAUUCCAUGACGGCAGCAUUCAGAUUCUUCACCGUCUUUCCCUGCACACAAUGGGAGUGUUCUAUGGUUCCUCUGGUUCCUCUCAGCGGGUCGGGGAGGAACCCGCUAUUAAACGACAGAGAGUGGGUGGCCUGACACUGCACUUCAAAGCCCUUCAGUUCUCCUGGACCUCUCUGGCUCUGGUGGGCGUGGACAAUCAUGGCAGGCUGCACAUGCUCCGAGUGUCCCCAUCAAUGGGGCAAAUGCUGGACAUGAACACUCAGCUGCGCCACCUGCUGUUUCUGCUGGAGUACUGCAUGGUGACAGGAUAUGACUGGUGGGAUGUGUUGCUGCACGCACAGCCUAACAUGGUGCAUAGCCUGCUGGAGAAGCUUCAUGAGGAGUAUAUGAGACAGAACCAGGCACUGCAGCAGGUUCUGUCAACUCGUAUAGUAGCAGUGAAGGCAUCUCUAUGUAAGCUGUCAUCUGCCACUGCAGCGAGAGCUUGUGACUUCCAUGCUAAACUGCUGCUCAUUGCCAUCAGCUCCACACUGAAAUCUCUGCUUCGACCUCAUGUUCUCAACACACCUGAAAAAAGUCCUGGAGACAGACUGGCAGAGAUCUGUGCAAAAAACACAGACACUGACAUUGAUAAGGUGAUGAUAAAUCUGAAGACGGAGGAGUUUGUGCUGGACGGUCCUCCACUCCAGUCACUCCAGCAGCUCAUUCAGUGGGUGGGAGACUUUGUACUUUACCUGCUGGCCAACCUGCCCAACCAGGGCUCCAUUGUGCGUCCAGGGUUUGGGUUCCUCCGGGAUGGUGCAUCCCUGGGCAUGCUCAGAGAGAUGCUGGUAAUGAUCCGUAUUUGGGGCCUGCUGAAGCCCGGUUGCCUGCCCACCUACACGGCCACAUCUGACAACCAGGACAGCAUGUCUCUGUUGUUCCGUCUGCUCACCAAACUCUGGCUCUGCUCUCGAGAUGACAGUCACCCACAGGAUCCAGACGAGACAUUGAUUGAUGAGUGCUGUUUGCUGCCCAGUCAGCUCCUGGUACCCAGCAUGGACUGGCUGCCAAUCAAUGACGGAGUUAUCACAAAGAUCCAGAGCAAACAGCCGCUCAGACUGCAGUUCGGCAAACUGUACUCCCUGUCUGGGGUCAAUCCCAAUGCACAGGUGGAGGUGUUCAGAAAUCCAGCAUCUCAGAGGAUGGACCAUCUGCGGUGCUUACAUCUGGGUAUAUCUCCAACAGAGGACAGCAAAGCCUGCACCAGGUGUGGCUGUGUCACCAUGCUGAGAUCUCCAAACAAAACCAAUGCCAUGAGACAGUGGGAGCAGCGCUGGAUCAAGAAUUGUCUGUGUGGAGGUCUCUGGAGAAGAAUCCCCUCCAAACUAUCACGAUAACCGCACUGUCAGGAACCUAAGACCUGGGGAAAUGUUAAAGCUGCAAACAACUUUUUGAUCUGUACAAUGAAUGUUGAGGCCAACUUCACCUGACAACUUUUAUUUUCUCUAAAAUAAAUAAGUCUUACAGGUUCUCUCUGUUUUCACCAAGCCCCAGAAAUGAAAAUUGUCAUCAUUCACUCACCCUCAAGUUGUUCCUAAUCCAAAUGACUCUUCCAUGGAACACAAUAGUACAUGUUGCAUGCAUUAUAUCUCAGUCACCAUUCACUUUUAAUUAAAGAUUUUUUCUGUACAAAUGAACGUGAAUUGUGACUGAAGCUAACAUUCGGCCUAACAUCUCCUUUUGUGUUCCACAGAAAAUGUUAAAUCAUGUGGAUUUGCAAUAACAUGAGGGUGAGUGAAUGAUGACAGGAUCUUCAUUUUCGGGCGAACUAUCCCUUUAAAAAGACAGUGGGCUGUUUUAUUUUUUUGUCUGUUGGAGAGAGUGAAUAAAGACAUUUUGUGCUGUUGUAAAUAUGAACUAUUUUCUUUUGUAAUCUUGUAGUGUAAUAAACAUUUUUCUAAAUGUGUUUCUGUUAUAACUGCUUUGUGUGUAAUAUUGAUGCAAAAUGCUUCUAUAGAUUGUAUGUGAUUCCAGAAUAGGUUGUCACUGUCACCUGACAGCCAUGGGAGGUGCUAAACUUUACACACUUGACCCUGUUAUGAAUCCAUCACUCUUCUUCAGUGUCAGCAUCACAUAUUGCAUCAGUAGUUGAUGCAACAGUUGCCAAACUAUAAUAAUGAAGUAUA